AUGCUAGAAAACGGCCAGGAGCGGAGAGCGCUGACAAAUUUUUCUACAGAAUUAAAUCUCACACAGAUUAUUAAAACUCCAACUAGAAUCACGGCGACGUCCCAAACGCUUAUUACAACUAGGAGUUAUAAAAACUAUAAUCCCUCAUUAUUUUCCUCUGACCUUGUCACUAAAUCGGAUCGUCUGUUAUCCAUAUUAUCCAACACCAACGUUAAUACAAUACUCGAAACCUUCAAAGAUGUUCUUCACUCAACUCUCGACGUGCAUGCACCGUUAAAAACCUUCAAAAUUCGAAAUCGAUCAUGUCCAUAUGUCACCAAUGAAAUAAAAGAACUCAUGAAGUCUUGGGACCUACACCUCCGUCGGUUUCAACUGACACGUGAUGAAGGUGAUUGGGUAGUUUACAAAGAAUAUCGUAAUAACGUAAAAACCAAAAUUAAAGCCGCAGCGAAGGACCACACCUUCAACGAAGUAAGAGAACAUAAACACAAUUCGAGAUCCCUAUGGAAAAUAAUUAAUAAUAUAAUUCCCUCGAAGGAAAAGGAAACACAAGUUUAUAGUAAAGAUCCAAAAACAGUUGCAGAAGAUUUCAACCUGUUUUUUACUUCUGUGGGACGGAAUGCUGCUGCGACAGCCGAAAGUUUAGCCAAAGACAACAAUGUUGCACUGUCAAAUCCUCUGUCAAAUGUAAUCACUUAUCCAUCUGAUCAACUGUUCAAUUUCCAAUCCGUUACUUGUACAGAGGUUCAAUGCAUUAUCAUGGCUAUGCCAAGUAAUAAGUCACCAGGACCAGAUAAAAUAGGCAUGCGUGUCAUCAAAGACUGUCUUCCAAUCAUACUGGGUCCUCUUACGCAUAUGAUAAAUUGCUCUCUAAUGACAAGCACAUUCCCUGACCUAUGGAAGAUUUCUGAAGUUAUACCCCUACUAAAAGAAGGAGACCACGAGAUAGCCUCAAACAAUCGGCCUCUCUCACUACUCGUGGUAGUUUCAAAAGUUUGUGAAAAAGUUGUUCUAAAUCAAUUUAGCUCCUACCUCAAAGAAUUUAAUCGCAUAUCGUCACAUCAAAGCGGGAAUAGGAGUCUUCCCUCCACAGAAACCUUAAACAUAUUUGUUACCGAUACGAUGUUGGAAGCCAUAGACAACAAAAAUCUAACGGCACUAAUUUUAUUGGAUUUAUCCAAGGCAUUUGACAGUGUCAGUCAUUCGAUUUUAUUACACAAAUUGAGUUGUAUCGGUGCUUCCCCCGAAGCUGUUAAAUGGUUCCAAGACUAUUUAACAGGCAGAUCCCAAUACGUGCGCAUUGGAUCCACCAAGUCAUCAGCUCGCCCAAUAACCCAUGGCGUUCCACAAGGUGCAAUACUAUCACCACUUCUGUUUUGCAUCUAUAUUAAUGAUCUGCCAGGGUGCAUACAAUCGUGUAACCUUGAUUCAUACGUAGACGACUCAAAGCUUUACAAAUCAUUCUGCAUCUACGACUUGGAACAGACUACUAUCAAUUUAGAGGCAGAUCUACAAAUAGCAGCCAAGUGGUGUUUGGAGCACCAAUUACUGAUCAAUCCAGAAAAAACUAAAUUCCUUGUAGUCGGUUCAAGACCCAUGCUGCAGAAUGUACCUACAGAAAUAUCGCUAACAUUUUUAGGAAAGACUAUAAGACCUGUUUUAUUAGCUAAAGAUUUGGGAUCAAUUUGGAUUCGUACCUAUCCUACGACGACCACAUAUCUAAACUCGUUUCGUCGUGUAUGA